AUCGCAAGACACACUUGAACCUUAAGAAUUCAGUCAUGGAGACUAACAUCGCAGGACUGCCAGAAACAGGCAGUUCAAGAGGAGCAAACCAACACAAGGCGUUCGAUUCCAAAAACGAAAAUCUGAAUGCAUUACCGUAUGGCCUCCACACUGGGCAACAGGAAGGAGAUCCGCAGCCAGAACAGAAGACUCACACAAUCUUUAAAUGCCUCAGCUGCAAGAAAGCGCUAAAGAACAUAAAGUUUAUGAACCACACGAAGCACCACUUGGAACUCCAGAGACAGAGAGGCGACAGCUGGGAUAACCAUACCACCUGCCAGCACUGCAAUCGACGAUUCCCCACUCCCUUCCAGCUGCAGAGUCACAUUGAACGUGUGCACAUCACAUCCCAGGAACCCACUUUUGUUUGUAAAAUCUGUGAGUUGUCAUUUGAAACAGACCAGGUUCUCUUACAACAUCUGAUGGACCUGCACAAACCCAAUGAAAUGCCUUACGUGUGCCAGGUUUGCAAGUAUAAGUCGUCGACCUUCAGGGAGGUGGAGGCCCACUUCAGCGCCUGCCAUGAAAACACUAAGAGUUUGCUUUGUCCGUUUUGCCUCAAAGUUUUUAAAACUUCAUCACCGUACAUGAAGCACUGUUUGAGACAUUGGAGCCAGAGAGCCUCCCGCUGUUCCAAAUGUCGCCUACAAUUUUUGACCAAGAAAGAGAAAAUUGAGCAUGAAACUAAGAACCAUUGACCAUUUUGAAGUUCCAAGCAACUGGAAGGGUUGCCUCCUGAAACAGAGGCUGUUGUUCAAACUUCAGUUCAGUGGAGGUCAAGAGGCAUAGCAUCCAUUACUGUGAACAACCCUGACCCUUGGCUGUCACCUCUAGGCUAG